GUACUGACAGAGGGCAGAUCAUCGGUCUGUUUGUUCUGUGCCAGACAUUGGCCCACGCCUUCAACCUCAUGACCACAACGGGCGUCAUGAGCUUCUACACUUACAUGAAAGGCUACCACGACGGUACGUCACACAGCGCACACGUGAUCUUUGCGGAGUGUACACAGAUGUGCUGCAGAACACGUGUUAUGUGA